UGCGGGAGGGUGGAAGCGGCCGCCGCGGGGCGGGGAGAGGACGGGCGGAAGCGGCGGGCGUGGAGCCGCGGCCAUGGGGGUGAAGCUGGAGGUGUUACGGAUGACGCUGUACCUGUCCUUCCCCGUGGCCAUGUUCUGGAUCUCUAACCAGGCUGAGUACUUCGAGAAGUAUGUCAUCCAGCGCAAGAGAGAGAUCUACCCACCAGAAGACCCCCUCCAGCACCAGCAGAUGGAAGCCUUCAAGGAACAGAUCCGGAACCAGCAAGAAGAGCGGCGGCUCCUGCAGGCGCCUCGGAAAUGAGGCUCCCAAGGGACACCCUUUCCCCACACCCCAAGAGGCUUGCAGGGCUCAGCCCCUUGGAUGGGUGCUGCGGUGGGGCACAGGGCUGCAGAGGUGUGAUAGGGCUCCCCAUUCCCUUGGGGCCCCCAGUGGGUAACAACCCUCUACUGCCUGUGAGUGGCCCCUGUGUUCCAGCCAUUCCAUAAAUAAAGCUGGAAGUUAACACGUUCA